AGAGAGAAAUAGAUCAGAGGAGGAGGUAAUUAGCCAAAAGUUAUUGAAUAAAAGAAAAGGACAAAGCCCAUCACAUGACCCGAAACCCCAUAUCCUUCAUAUCAUGGGUCCCUAGCUAGCUAUGUAUAACAGUUUCUUCUUCUUCUUCUUCUUCUCCCUCAGUCCCCUCCUCUUGCUCCCUCCUUUCUUCUCAAGAAGAAAAACCCAAGACGGAUAUGUUUUUCUGCUUUCUAAUUCUCACUUCUGAAGAACAUCUAGCUCAGCUUCAUCAAUGGAGGUAAUUAAUGAUCAGCUACUGGAUUGAGCAGCAGAAUUAAAGAAACAGCCAUCAAGUCCUUGCAUGAUGAUAUCUUUUCUCUUAUCCGGCUUGGUCGAUCAACAGCACCAAACAACUACAACUUCACCUUCCUUGUGAUGUUUAGGGUUUGAGUGAAAGAAGAGCCACCGGCCCUUUUACAGUGGGACUGACUACGCUAGAUAGAUCGAGCUUCUUGUUAUUUGUUGGCUCUCUCAGAGAUCUAGCUAAGCAAUUAACUGGGUAGUUUGCUCCAGAUCCAGGAAUUGAUAUACAGUUCGGCUGAAAUUGGAGGUGGGUCAUGGAGUACUAUGUGAAAGGAGAUAAAAAAGGGUACUCAGAGAAAGAAGAAGAUCAAGAAGAGGAAGAAGAAGACAAGAACCACAUCAUUAACAGUAAGUACUUAUCUCCUUCUUACAAUUAUGGAUCAUCAUCAUCCUCCCAAACCGCAGAAGCUAUAAACUUCAUGGACUUGUCAAUAAGAAGUGCGAAAGACGAUGAUAACAGCAACAAGAACGAUUGGCCACCAAACAGUGAGCGAGAGCACAUGUUCGACAAAGUAGUUACCCCAAGCGAUGUGGGCAAGCUCAACCGUCUAGUAAUCCCAAAACAACAUGCCGAGAAGUACUUCCCGCUCGAUUCGUCCGCCAAUGAGAAGGGUCUGUUACUUAACUUCCAGGACCGGACAGGGAAGCCAUGGCGGUUCAGAUACUCUUACUGGAACAGUAGCCAGAGCUAUGUGAUGACCAAAGGCUGGAGCCGGUUUGUCAAGGACAAGAAGCUUGAUGCCGGUGACAUUGUGUCCUUCGAGAGGAGUGUAAGCGACUCAAAUGUCUUGUACAUUGACUGGAGACGCCGCCCUCCGCCUCCCCUACCGCCUAAUCAAGCCUCUUACUGGGGAGGCGGAGGGCGGUUCUACUCGCUGCAGCGGACUCCAUCAAUGUCAAUGCCGCUUCGGCAUCACGAGCAAUUUCAUUACAACAUUCACCAUCCAUACCAUCACCAGUAUCAGUAUCAUCAGAUGAACCCUUACCAAUUGCAGCAGCAGCAUCACCAGCAUCAACAGUACUACCACCAGAGCGGAAUUAGUCCCGCAGUGGUGAUUGAUUCAGUGCCAUUGGUCCAACAUCACCCCCAUCACCAUGUUAAAACAAUGAGUCCCACUACUAAUAAGCGGCUUAGGCUGUUUGGUGUGAACAUGGAGUGCAGUCCAAUGCAAGAAGAUGAACCAGAACAAUGUCAGAUAUUGUCUUCCACAGUGGCUUCGCUCUCUCCACAUCAACAUCAUCAUCAUCAUCACCUUCCUUCUUCUUCGCUUUCUCAACCUCUGGAGUUAAGGCUGCCCAAUUAUGCUGCCCCACUGCCCGGUGCAGCUGAUCAGCUGCUUUCUGAAAAGGGAAAAUCUACUUCCUUGUCGUUUUAUUUGGAUCCCUAACCUGCAUUUGAUGAGGCUUAAUUCAG